CUCUCGUAAUCUCCUUCACUACAUUGAGUGAUUGUCAACAAAUCAAAUUUUAUCUAAAUAUUAUUAUUUUUUCCCCUACCUAUAUAAAAUAAAAUUACUGAAAUGAACGAAACAAUGUAAUAAAAAUAAACCGCGAUUAAGUAUAAUUUUUAAUAUAUAUUUUUUAAAUUUAUUGACUUACAAAUAAAUAAUGAUAAUUCAUAUUUUUCCCCAAUUUAUUAUUUUAUUACCGCUAUAAAUUUUUUAACAUUUUAUUACUUUUAUUAUUGUCUUGUAUCUAUUUCAUUCAAACAAUGAUACCAUCAAAUACUAUCUGCGUCUCACCGGAGGGGCCGGCAAAUGCUCUAGCCCUCAACAAGGAUUGCACCCAAGUGGUUAUAGCUGGACGAAAUGUGUUUAAAGUGUUUUCAAUUGGAGAAAAUGAAUUUUCCGAGGUGUGUAACCUUCGUGUGGGCAAAAACUUGAAUCUGAAUUUUUCAUCUAUCGAUGUCGCCUGGAGCACCAUUGAAGAGAACACACUAGCGACAGCGGCCACAAAUGGAGCGGUGGUUGUGUGGAACCUCGGACGCUCUGGUCGCUCCAAACAGGAACAUGUGUUCUCAGACCACAAGAGGACAGUCAACAAAGUGAGCUUCCACCUCACAGAGCCAGCUCUCCUCAUCUCCGGCUCCCAGGAUGGCAUGAUGAAAUGCUUCGACCUGCGCAUGAAGGAGGUAGCUCGUACUUUUAUCAGCAACACGGAGUCGAUCCGUGACGUGCAGUUCAGUCCGCACCAGGCGCACACGUUCGCGGCCGUGUCGGAGAACGGCAACGUGCAGCUGUGGGACGUGCGCCGCCACGAGCGCUGCCUGCAGCAGUUCACGGCGCACUCGGGGCCCGUGUUCGCGUGCGACUGGCACCCUGACACGCCCUGGCUCGCCACCGCCUCCAGGGACAAAACCAUCAAGGUAUGGGACGUCCACGCGAAACCAAAUCUGGAGCACACGAUAUACACAAUAGCAUCAGUGGGUCACGUCAAGUGGAGGCCGCAGAGGAAAUACCAGGUGGCGUCGUGUGCACUGGUGCUGGACUGCGCGGUCCACGUGUGGGACGUGCGGCGGCCGCACGUGCCGCUCGCCACUUUCGCCGAGCACCGCGACGUCACCACCGCCAUUGCUUGGCUCGCCACGCCACAUGCCUUCCUCUCCACCAGCAGGGACUGCAGCCUGUACCGGCACCGGUUCACGGAGGCGGCGCACCCGGUGCUGUGGGCCAACCCGCAGGGCGUGUGCGUGUCGGCGCGCGGCGAGGUGGCGCACGCGACGCCCGAGCGGCCCCUGCCGCCCGCCCUGGCGCCGCCGCAGCAGCUGGCGCGCCCGCCCGCGCCGCCUCCGCCGCCCCCGCCCGGCCUCGGGCGCAAGCAGCCGACGGCGGGGUCGCUGGGCGCGGCGGCGCAGGCGGCGCUGGAGCGCGCGUUCCCGAGCGGCGCGGCGGCGGCGCUGGCGCGGCACGGCGCGCGCGGCGGCGGCGACGCGGCGCACGGCGCGCUGCUGCGCUGCGCGGCGCGCUACCGGCUGCGCGGCGCGCCGGCCGCCUGCGCCGCGCACAACGCCGCCGCCGCGCGCGCGCAGCGCCGCCCGCUCGCCGCGCUCGUGUGGGACGCGGCGCGCGCGCUGUGCGCCGCCCGCGCCGCCGCCGCGCGCGCGCCCGCGCCGCCCGCGCCGUCCGCGCCGUCCGCGCCGCCGCCGCCGCCGCACACGCCACACCCGCGCCCGCGCCCGCCCUCGCCGCCGCCCGCGCACCCGCCCUCCGACAGCACUGCGGACGAGGAGCCGCUGGAAGAGGUCGAGGAGUGGGCGGAGACGCAGUUCCACAACAGCGGCGUGCUGGGCAUGCCCACCCUCAGCAUCUACAUACCGCCCGCCAAGUACGCUAAGCAGCUGCGCGACCACGAUGGUGACGAGAAUGCGGGCUGGGUGUCGGCGGCGUCGGCGCACUACGUGGACGUGGAGGCGGCCGACUGGACGCUGCCCGAGGAGGCCUUCCCGCUGCGCAGCGCGCCGCCGCCGCCGGCGCCGCCGCCGCCGCCCGGGCCCGCGCUGCUGCACCCGCCGCACGACGACGACGGGGCCGGGGGAGGUGUGGGAGGUGUGGGAGGUGUGGGAGGUGUGGGCGCUAUGAGUGUGGGCGUGGGGGCGGGAGGGGGCGUGGCCCCGUCCGUGUCCCCCGGCGGCUCGGGCUCGUCCCCCGGGGGCUCCAGCAGCUCCAACUCGACAGCGCCGCCCUAUGACAAGGCCUAUAGCCACCAAUCUUCGGUUAACAUGAUGGAAGAUAUAGAGGUGAGCGAAGGCGGUGAAGUGGGCGGGCUGUGCAUGCGGGGCGGCGGCGGCGGCGGCGCGGGGCCGGCGGGCGGCGGCGCGGGCGGCGGGCGGGCGGCGCGCGUGCCGCUGGACGUGGCGCCGCUGCUGGCGGCGGCGCUGCGCCACCACGCCGACCUGGGCGACGUGCAGACCGCCGCCGUCGUCAUGAUCGUGCUGCAGGAGUACAGGAGUGACCUUUUCCCUUACAUCGACGAGAGCCUCCAGGAACAGUGGUUGCUCGGGUACAUCGAGCUGCUUCAGCGUCACAAAAUGUGGAACGUCGCCACCGAGGUGAUCCGGUGCGCGUGGCUGAGCAGCGUGUGGUCGCUGUCGCAGCAGUCGACGAGCGUGGCGACGUGCUGCGGGGGCUGCGGCCGCCGCACGCGUCCUCGUGCGCCCUGCGACCGCUCCGCCGCGGCACUCGCCCGACCUGUGCGCCGUCUGCCACGAGGUGGUGCGCGGGCUGUACGCGUGGUGCCAGGGCUGCUCGCACGGCGGCCACCUGCAGCACAUGAAGAGCUGGCUGGAGCAGCACCAGCUGUGCCCGGCCGGCUGCGGCCACCAGUGCCAGCUCGGCUGACCGCGGCAGCCGCGCCCGCUCGCAGCGCCCCUCGCCUGAACCGACCAUCCGAGCCGUUACCUGUCCACUGCUGGACAUAAGCCUUCCCCAUAGGGGGAGUUUUGCCAGUAGUUGCCACGCUUGGCAGGCGGGUUGGCAACUGCAGUUAGGACUUUGAAGAUCUUUUAAGAAGGACGCCGCUGCCCAUCCCUCCAUCAUAAGCUCCCUUAUUUUUCUUCAUUUUUUGAAGGAUAGUCAUGUAAUAUCUAUGCUUCAUAUUGUAAAGAGAAAACAUUAGAUUUUUUGUGUGUUUGUUUGUUUAUGAUUCAUAAACUCAAAAACUGUAAAAUCGGUUAAUUGUAAUUUUGUUUAAAUAAUAUAGCCUACGUCACUCAAUGAAAGUAGAUUUUUUUUCACCUAUACACACGUAUAGGUGAAAAUUUUUGAUAAAAAAAGUUUUUAUGUCAAAAAUUGUUUAAGAAAAUUAGAGAUCCCAUUUAUCUACAUGUACGAAACCUGGGCGGAUCACUAGUAUGUAUAUAAAUAAGUUGUCCAAGCUUUAAAUGCAAAAUUUUAUCAAAUAACAUUAGCUAACACAAUAAGUGUAAUGUUUUGACUGAUUAUUGUACAUUUUUAUGUUUUGUAUAAAAAAUAUUUAAUAAUAAAUUGAUUUGUUAC